CCCCCCCCACCUCUCUCUCUCUCUCUCUCCCCCUGCAGUCCAUUUGAUGUCGGCCUGUUGUUAGCUGUUUGCGAGUAAUAAUUAAUACUACCUUUCCUACGAAGCACCCUCUCACACACGAAACAUUGUCGUUAGAUUUUCCGGCUCUCUCCACCGGCGAUCUCACCGCCUCCGCCUCUGUCACGUUUUCCCCGACCACUUCGAAUUCGGCGGCUAGAGACUCCGCGUUUAGUUCAAGCCGGAAAAGCAAUUUUGAUGGAAGCAAAUUCAAGUCGCCGGUUCUUGAAGUAGAGAUUCGAAGAUUACCGGAGCAGAACUAGCGGCUUCAUGCAUUUGAGGCGGAGAGUUUUCGUCGGCUUCAGAUUUCGUUAAUUUCUUGCUUCAGUUCAAUGUCCAAUGGGCGGCACCUUUACUUCUGAAAGGAAAGGCAAUUGAAGAAGGCUAGGCCUGAGCUUGAAAUUUGUCAGUAUGAAGACUCCAUCAAAUGGUUAUCAUCUGGAAAGCACCAGAGAUGGGGAAAGGAAGCUUAUUAAUUCAGAAUUGUGGCAUGCUUGUGCGGGACCACUUGUUUCUUUGCCUCCUGUUGGGAGUCUUGUGGUAUACUUCCCUCAAGGUCACAGUGAGCAAGUUGCAGCGUCAAUGCAAAAGAAGACUGAUGGUGUACCAAGCUACCCUAACCUUCCUUCCAAGUUGACAUGCAUGCUCCACAAUGUCACUUUACAUGCUGAUCCAGAAAGUGAUGAGGUCUAUGCACAGAUGACUCUUCAACCUGUAAACAAAUUUGAUCAGGAAGCACUCCUCAUAUCUGAUAUGGGCCUGAAGCAAAGUAGGCAGCCUGCAGAAUUUUUCUGCAAAACUCUUACAGCUAGUGACACAAGCACUCAUGGUGGAUUUUCUGUACCUCGUCGAGCUGCUGAGAAAAUCUUCCCGCCUCUAGAUUUUUCAAUGCAACCCCCUGCUCAGGAGCUUGGAGCUAAAGAUUUGCAUGACCAGACAUGGACAUUCCGACAUAUUUACCGAGGUCAACCAAAAAGGCACCUGUUGACUACAGGUUGGAGUGUCUUUGUUAGCUCUAAACGACUCUCUGCUGGUGACUCUGUCCUUUUCAUAAGAGAUGAGAAAUCACAGCUUCUACUGGGAAUAAGGCGUGCUAAUAGGCAGCAACCGGCCCUUUCCUCAUCAGUCAUAUCCAGUGACAGCAUGCACAUUGGGAUUCUUGCUGCAGCAGCUCAUGCUGCAGCAAAUAACAGUCCAUUUAGUAUAUUUUAUAACCCAAGGGCCAGCCCUUCUGAAUUUGUGAUUCCUCUAGCCAAGUAUAAUAAAGCAAUGUAUACUCAAGUUUCACUGGGCAUGCGGUUUAGGAUGAUGUUUGAAACUGAAGAUUCAGGAGUGCGUAGAUACAUGGGGACGAUCACGGGUAUCAGCGAUCUGGAUGCAGUGCGGUGGAAAAAUUCACAAUGGCGCAAUCUUCAGGUUGGUUGGGAUGAAUCAACUGCUGGGGAACGUCCCAGUCGAGUUUCAAUUUGGGAGAUUGAGCCUGUUGUAACUCCUUUCUACAUUUGCCCACCUCCAUUUUUUAGACCCAAGUUUCCCAAGCAACCAGGAUUUCCAGAUGAUAACUCUGACAUGGACGCUAUAUUCAAGAGAGGAAUGGCCUGCCUUGAUAACUUUGGUAUGAAAGACUCCUCAAGCUCAAUCUUCCCUGGCUUAAAUUUAGUCCAGUGGAUGAGCAUGCAACAGAAUAAUCGGUUUCCAGCUUCUCAAUCAGGAUUCUUCCCACCUAUUGGUUCUUCGAUCUCUUUGCAAAAUAACCUUACCCCUGAUGACCCCUCCAAGUUGUUGAACUUUCAAGCCCCUGCUCUUUCUACAGCAAGUAUCCAGUUCAAUAAAGCAAAUCAACAAAUUGGUCAACCCUCUCACCCGUCUCUGGCGUGGCCGCCCCAGCAGCAGCAACUGCUGCUGCAACAACUGUUGCAGUCUUCCGUCAAUUCACAGCAGCAGCUACUACACCAACAACCGCAGCAGCUACAGCAACAACACAACCCGCCGCAGCUACAGCAACAACACAACCCACAACAGCAGUCGCCGCCGCUGCCACAGCAGCAGCAACAGCAACAACAGAUACUACAAUCUGCUCUGGUAAACAACAGUAUAAUUACCUCGAAGGGCCUUAACCAGAUGCCAAACCAGAAUUUACAGCAACCAGUCAUACAUGCUCAACCUCAGCAGCAACAAUUACUGACAGGGAAUGCCCCUUCCCAACAAAGCAUCCCUGCCAUAAAUAGGAAUUCUUUUCAGCUGACACCCUUGCCACAGGACUUGCAGUAUCAACAACCAAUCGAACAAUCUGAACUCCUGCAAGGGACCCAACGGCAGCAGGCACAGUUACAACAGACCCCUCUACAAUCAUUGCAAUCUAGCCUGUCACAGAGUCCAAAAGGCCAAAAUACACUGCAGCAGAGCCUUUCAGAUCAGCAUCUUCAACUACAGCUGCUACAAAAAUUGCAGCAGCAGCAACAACGACAACAACAGCAACAGCAAUUGUUAUCCUCAGUAAGUCCUCGUCUGGAGCCUCAGCUACCACAGCAACAACAGUCUCAUAAUCAAAGCCGGCAAUUGCAACAGCUGCCUUUGUCACAAAACCAACAGCAGCAAAUCAGUGGUAACAGUUUCUCGACAUCAACACUCAUGCAAUCACCUCAAUUUACUGUGAAUCAACUUCUUGGCCAGCACAAACCAAUUAGGGCCCAUUCUGGUCUUACUGACGGGGAGGCUCCAUCAUGUUCAACCUCCCCCUCAACAAACAAUUGUCAGGUUUCCUCAUCUAAUUUACUUGGCCGGAACCAACAGAAUCCAUCCAUAUUGCUGCGAGAUUCUGUGGUUGAUCCUGCUAGUAACCUGGUUAAAGAGCUCCAAAGCAAGCCUGAAAUUCAAAUUAAAAAUGAGUUGCACGGCUUGAAAGGACCUGAACAACCAAAAUAUAGUGGUCCUGUUACAGAUCAAUUAGAUGCUUCCUCAUCUGCAACUUCAUAUUGCUUGGAUGCUAGUGCCAUCCAACAGAAUUUCUCACUCCCUGGACCUUUUCUGGAUGGAGAUGUUCAGGGGCAGUCCAGGAACAGUAUUCCUUUCUCGCCCAAUGUGGAUGGUUUCACACCUGAUGCCUUAUUAUCGAGGGGUUUUGAUUCUGGAAAAGACAUUCAGAACUUGCUUUCUAAUUAUGGUGGCACGGGAAGGGAUAUUGAGACAGAGUUGUCCACUGCUGGAAUUAGUUCGCAGUCAUUUGGGGUGCCAAACAUACCUUUCAAGACAGGGUGUUCCCCUGAUGUUGGAAUCGGCGAUGCUGGUGCUUUAAGCGGCGGGUUGUGGGGUAACCAAACUCAAAGGAUGCGAACAUACACAAAGGUUCAAAAACGUGGCUCGGUAGGAAGAAGUAUUGAUGUCACUCGUUACAAAGGCUAUGAUGAGCUCAAGCAUGAUUUGGCCCGCCUGUUUGGGAUUGAAGGACAACUGGAAGAUUCACAGCGAACAGAGUGGAAACUUGUUUAUGUAGAUCACGAAAAUGACAUCCUGCUUGUUGGGGACGAUCCUUGGGAGGAGUUUGUGACUUGUGUUCAGAGCAUAAAGAUACUUUCAGCUGCUGAGGUGCAGCAAUUGAGUUUGGAUGGAGAUCUCGGUCACAUGCCCGUUCCAAAACAAGCAUGCAGUGGGACUGACAGCGGCAAUGCUUGGAGAGCACAUUAUGAUGAUAAUUCAGCCACCUCUUUUAACAGAUGAAUAGUUCUUGUUUCAGAAACCCAUUCUUACAUAGUCUAAAUUCAGGAGUUAAAAAGUGCUCCUCCUUUCAGCAUGAAGCUUUAUAUCGUAGUUCUACGGAUGUGCCUCUUCAAUCACCAGAAAUAUAUUGAAAGUCUCCAUCCCGGUGAGGCAAUUAUCGGAACCAAAACGAUUCUGUUCGAAGUUCGAGAGAUGCAAUCAUUCUUGCUGUCCCACACUAACUGCAUUCCAUUGCUGCAAAGCUGAUCUCCAUGUGAUUGCUUGGCACCAGUUGCUAAUGCAAAGAAUAGUUUGAAUUUAUGUUGGUCGAGAAACUUGCCAGUCAUUUUCAACUUUUAUCCCCAUCUGUUAACCAAUGUGAGUUAGAAUAUGAACAUGGAAUUAGAGAUUUAGAAUGUUGUAACAUCUUCCUUGUUUUAGGUUAAGACAUUCCUCCGUUUUGCCCAGGCUUAAGCAGCCAUUUGGGAAAAAUCAUGUUUUGGCUUGUAAGUACACAAUCACACUAUCUCUGAGAUUGAUGUUGCUGUUGUAUUAGCCAGUAUGUAUAUUAGCCAGUAUAUAUCCUUAGUAUUGUAUCUUCCAAUGUGAAAUAUUAACACCAAUCCUUCUCAUUUUAA